CACGGCACACUCGGUGCCAUCCAUCGUCAUUCUGUCCUGUCCUGUGCUGUCCUGUCCAUCUUCUCUUCUUCAACAUACCGACGACAUAAUCAACUUUACAUACCAAAAUCAGAGUCUCGACGCUUGUUAUUGCUAGUUACGCCUCUGCAUUUCAUCCGCUAGCCGUCCACCAACGUCGCAUCCAAUCCCGUUUACACACACCCAUAUCGCACCCCUCCUGCUCCCCACCACGACCUUCACCAUGUUCGGCAUCCAGCAUCACCCAGCAGACCUCAUUCGGAAGAGGGGACGUGACGAUGAGGAGGAUAUGCAAAAUGGCACUCUUAGCUUUGGUGAACACAGAAACAAACGCCUCCAAUGUCUACCCCUCCGAACAUCGCCGACGUCUUCGAAGCGCUGGUCUACGCCCGUCAUACCACUCAAUGCGGCUCCUUGUACUCUGACGCCAGGCGACUCAGACUCGGAGGAACAGCCCAGGUCACACUUCUCGCCAUGGUCGUCGUCACCCGCACCCAUGUCUUGCCAGCCCUCACCCUUUGGUCCGACCGAGCCCGAUCGCGAUAUGGACAUGAUGGACACAAUGUCGCCGCCGCCUGUCCCGCAGCAACACAUUCGCUCGGACCAGCCCGCCUCUGUCAAUGGCCGUAUGCCCACCCCGAUCCAGCCAAACUUUGCCUCCCAAUUCAUGAAUGGCGGCUCCUCGGGCCGCGACUGGCGUGGCCCGGGACCCGCAGUCAGCCAUCGUACCGGCGUCGUGAAUAUGGGCCACAUGCACGCCGGCUUCGGCAGCGACGAGUCCCGCUCCAUUCCCCGUACCAUGGAAGGCACCGACGACUGGCACGCUGUCCAGAAUCGCCGUCUGCCGUCGCCUAUUAGCGAGGGCGAGGACUCGACGAGCCACCUUGGCAGCGGAAGCCUGAGUCCCCCAGGAAUGGUUCUCGACAACGGCUUCCCGUCUAACCUGACUGCGCGCUUGGAACAGUCGUCCCUCAACGGACACGACCAUCACGAUAUGGGCAUGAUGGAGGUGGAGGAUCACUCGCACAUGAUGAGCGAUGAUCCCGUCACCACCACCAUCGACGCCGGCCCCCUUGAAACGACGUCAGCGCCGGCAACACCCUCGCCGGGACGCAAGGGACAUAUUCGAUCUAGGCACACUGUCAACUCGUGGACCUGGCAGCCUGGCAUGAAGAAGAGCUUUAGCAUCGGUUACCGUGCUGAUUGCGAAAAGUGCCGCCUCAAGGUGCCGGGCCACUUUAAUCACAUUGUUGUCUCAUAGAACGGGCAAGAAAUCCUUUUGCCUGAUGAUUUGGCGGUGCAGACGCCCCGCAAAGAGCGCAGGCGA